CCGCCCCUAACCCCAGGCGGCGGCGGCUGGCGGCUGUGGAGACCGUUGGGCGCGCGGGCGGCGCGGACGCGGGCGGCGGAGCGAGCGGGUAGCAUUUCUAGAAAACGAUGGCAGCAGCAAGCGUUCUCUGAACUGUGGGGCCCCGGGGGAACUAUGCUCCUGGCCUGGGAGGCGCUGAGAUGUACAGAGCGGGGGACACAGUAGAGCGUCCGCCACCGGGGACGGCACCCCCUCGCCUGAGGAGUGUGGAGGUCGCCAGAGGGAGAGCAGGCUACGGGUUCACCCUUUCCGGCCAGGCGCCCUGCGUGCUCAGCUGUGUCAUGAGAGGGAGCCCCGCUGAUUUUGUGGGCCUCCGCGCCGGAGACCAGAUACUCGCUGUAAAUGAAAUCAACGUGAAGAAAGCCUCGCAUGAGGACGUGGUUAAACUCAUCGGGAAAUGCUCCGGGGUCCUGCACAUGGUGGUGGGCGAAGGCCUCGGUCAUCUGGAGUCUUGCUCCAGCGACGAGGAGGUGGGCUUCUAUGACGGGAAGGGCUGGCGGAAGCCCAGACUCGAUUCCAAAGCGCUGGGCAUCAACAGAGCCGAGAGAGUCGUGGAGGACAUGCAGUCGGGGGGGAUUUUCAGCAUGAUCUUCGAAAACCCUCGUCUGCAUGCAAGCAGCUCAGAGCCCUCGAAACUGAAGCACAGGUCGCUCUCGGAGUCGGCAGCUGCGCGAUUCGACCCGGGGCAGGAAGGUGUAGGCGGCCCGCAGCCCGGCCUGCUUCCCAAGGAGAUCGCACACGUUAUCAACGACGACUCGGUUUUCAGUGUUGGACUAGAGAAUCAGGACGAGUUUGGGUUAGAUGCAAGUAUUUUAAACGUCGCCAUGGUCGUUGGCUAUUUGGGUUCCAUCGAACUUCCUUCCACAAGCUGCAGCCUGGAGGCCGACAGCUUCCAGGCUAUUCGCGGCUGCCUGCGGCGCCUGCGGGCCGAGCAGAAGAUCCACUCCCUGGUGACCAUGAAGAUCAUGCACGAUGGCGUGCAGCUGUGCACUGACAAGGCCGCCGUGCUGGCCGAGUACCCUGCCGAGAAGCUGGCCUUCAGCGCCGUGUGCCCCGACGACCGCCGGUUCUUCGGGCUUGUGACCAUGCAGAGCAGCGACGACGGCAGCCUGGCGCGGGAGGGCGAGGGCGUCUUGCGGACUUCCUGCCACGUGUUCAUGGUGGACCCAGACUUGUUCAAUCACAAGAUCCACCAAGGCAUCGCCCGGCGGUUCGGGUUCGAGUGCACAGCCGACCCUGACACCAAUGGCUGCCUGGAAUUCCCGGCGUCCUCCCUGCCGGUCCUCCAGUUCAUCUCUGUGCUGUACCGGGACAUGGGCGAGCUGAUCGAGGGUGUGCGGGCCCGGGCCUUCGUGGACGGGGACGCCGAUGCCCACCAGAACACCAGCACCAGCAGCAACAGCGACAGUGGCAUUGGAAAUUUCAACCAGGAGGAGAGAAACAGCCGGGUGCUUGUGGUCGACCUGGGCGCCAGUUCCAGCAGACAUGGCCCCAGCAGCAGCACCUGGGAGGGGGCAGGGGGAAGGGGCUCCCAGCCUUGGGCCACCCCCUGGAAUGGGGCCUUUUGCCACGAUCCUGAGGCAGGGCCCCCAUUUGAAGCUGCUCCACAGGCUGACAGGGGCUGGGACUUUAGUAAGCAUUUGGGGCCCACUUCUCACGUGGAGGUCCCCCCGACCCCCUUGCGGAGUUCGGUCCCGCCUUCCAAGAGAGGCGCUGUGGGCCCUGGCGGUGGGUUCAGCCAGCGGUGGCUUCCGGUUCACGUCCUGCAGGAGUGGCAGUGCGGACACGCCAGUGACCAGGAGUCUUACACGGACUCCACUGACGGGUGGUCCAGCGUCAACUGCGGCACGCUGCCCCCUCCCAUGAGCAAGAUCCCCGCUGACCGCUACCGGCUGGAGGGCAGCCUGGCACAGCCCCUGCUGAGCACCCAGAAGAGGGACUGGUCCAGGAAGGCGUUUGGGAUGCAGAACAUUUUUGGGCCCCAUCGAAACGCUAGGAAGACGAAAGAAGACAAAAAGGGCUCAAAAUUUGGGCGGGGACUUGGUCUCGCUCAGACUUCUCAGCGCACCUCUGCGCGGAGAUCGUUUGGAAGAUCCAAGAGAUUUAGUGUCACUCGCUCCCUUGAUGACCUAGAGUCGGCAACUGUGUCUGACGGCGAGCUGAACGGCGCUGACCUGAAGGACUGCGUGAGCAACCACAGCCUGAGCAGCAAUGCCAGCCUCCCCAGCGUGCAGAGCUGCAGGCGCCUGCGCGAGAGGAGGGUCGCCAGCUGGGCCGUGUCCUUUGAGCGUCUCCUGCAGGACCCCCUCGGUGUGCGGUACUUCUCUGAUUUUCUAAGGAAGGAAUUCAGUGAAGAAAACAUUUUAUUCUGGCAGGCCUGUGAAUACUUUAAUCAUGUGCCCGCACACGACAAAAAAGAGCUCUCCUACAGGGCCCGGGAGAUUUUCAGCACGUUCCUGUGCAGCAAGGCCACCACACCUGUCAACAUUGACAGCCAGGCCCAGCUGGCAGACGACAUUCUCAGCGCCCCGCACCCCGACAUGUUCAAGGAGCAGCAGCUCCAGAUUUUCAACCUGAUGAAGUUUGAUAGCUACACGCGCUUCCUGAAGUCCCCGCUGUACCAGGAGUGCAUCCUGGCCGAGGUGGAGGGCCGCUCCCUCCCCGACUCCCAGCAGGUGCCCAGCAGCCCGGCCUCCAAGCACAGCGUCAGCUCGGACCACUCCACUGUGUCCACGCCAAAAAAGCUGACUGGGAAAUCGCGGUCAGGACGGUCCCUGAAUGAAGACCUGGACGAGGACAGCGAGCGGAAGCGGAAGGGAGUGUUUUUCUCCUGGUCCAGGACCAGGAGCACCGGGCGGUCCCAGAAGAAGAAGGGCCACGGGGAGCACACAAACGACGCCCCGCACGCCAACGGAGGCCUGGGCCGCCGGGAGUCACAGGGCUCCGUGUCGUCCGCCGGGAGCCUGGACCUGUCAGAGGCCUGCAGGACGCUGGCACCCGAGAGGGACAAGGCCGCCAAGCACUGCUGCAUCCAGCUGCCCGACGGGACGCCCUGCACGGUUCUCGUCAGGGCGGGGCUCCCCAUCAAGGAGGUCCUGGCUGGGCUCUGCGAGCGACACGGCAUCAACGGGGCCGCCGUGGACCUCUUCCUGGUGGGCGGGGACAAGCCCCUGGUGCUGCAUCAGGACAGUAGCAUCUUGGCGUCUAGGGACCUGCGCCUAGAAAAGAGGACUUUGUUUCGGCUGGACCUGGUUCCCAUUAACCGCUCAGUGGGACUCAAGGCCAAGCCCACCAAGCCCGUCACGGAGGUGCUGCGGCCUGUGGUGGCCAAGUACGGCCUGCACCUGAGCGAGCUGGUGGCCAGGCUGAGUGGCGAGAGGGAGCCCCUGGACCUCGGCGCCCCCAUAUCGAGCCUGGAUGGACAGCGGGUCAUCUUGGAGGAGAAGGACCCCUCCAGAGGGAAAGAUAAACAGAGAGGAGCGCCACUCAAACAGACCACGGCCGGCAACGCCAGCUCCAGAAAUUUCUCGGCUACGGGAGAGGAGAGAACACUAGGCAAGUCUAAUUCUAUUAAAAUAAAAGGAGAAAAUGGAAAAAAUGCUAGGGAUCCCCGGCUUUCAAAGAGAGAAGAAUCUAUUGCAAAGAUUGGGAAAAAAAAAUAUCAGAAAAUUAAUUUGGACGAAGCAGAGGCGUUUUUUGAGCUUAUUUCCAAGGCUCAGAGCAACAGGGCUGACGACCAGCGCGGGCUGCUGAGGAAGGAAGACCUGGUGCUGCCCGAGUUCCUGCGCUUACCCCCGAGCAGCCCCGAGCCCGGCCUCCCCGGCCAGACCCCCGCGACCAGCCCCGGCCAGGAGAAGGCGCCCCGGCCCCGAGAGCACCCCGCCAGCCCAGCCACCAGCCCCAGCUCUGCUGACAGCCCCCCCUUCUGCACCUCCUCGACCCCCACAACGCCCACGCCCCAUGCGCAGGAAGCAGAGUCCGGGGGCGUCCAGACCGUGGAGGGCGAACACGUGGCCGACCUGAUGCUCACCGGGGAGGGGGACAUCAGCAGCCCCAACAGCACUUUGCUGCCGCCUCCCCCCACCCUGCAGGACCCGGCAGCACCUCCCACUCCAGUUACUGUGGGCUGGUCUACCAGGAGGUGUCAGGCACAGCUGAGGUCGGAGUGUGGUCAGGACGGGUCCCAGAGGCCUCCCGGCAUGUGCCGUGUUCUGUGAGCAGACAGCGGCCUCCUCGCCCCUCGCCCUCUGUCCGGGGAUUCCAGAAAAUGUAUGUGUUCCUUAAAAUGAGGAGAGCUAGCAUGGUCCAUGUUCGUCUCGUGACUGAAAAAAAGCAUUUGUCUUGAGGAGUGAGUGACGCCCAGGUGACUUAGGACCACGCUCGGCACAGAGCCAUCACAGGGGCGUCGGCCUGGGCCAGGCAGGCUCGGGACCAGGGCUGGGGGUCUCCGCGGGGUGUCCUGACCUCGGGCAGUCACAGGCAUUUCUCUCAACUCCCGGAAGCGUGGGUUUGGUUGUUCACUGAGCUCGGUGACGUACGGCUGGCGGAGGCACUGCCCCAGGAGCCGCAGCUGAAGUGGAGGUGAGGCUCCUGCCUGCUGCGAGGGGCUUCCAGGAGCCCUCCCACCCGCCCGCACUGGGCACGGCCCCGUGUGCGUCCCCGCUGGGUGGACAGGGCGCCUGCUCGGUGUCCAUGCUGACAGCAGGCCGCCCUGCUCCUGCACACACGACUCUCGGACGCUGUCGGUCCUGAUCCGCUGGCAGGUGAUGGGAUGCCCCAGUUCACCCGCCAGGGCAGCCUGGGUCCUGCCGGGACCUGCAGCCGCACCUGGGGGGGCCGGUGCGUUGUCCCUGCCUCCUUGGUAGCUUGUGGAGGACUGUGCUGUGGGGACCCGGCGCCUUCCCGCUGAGAGCGCCCCCCAGCUCAGGAGCCAGGUGCAUGCUGUCGCCUUCCGCACGCCCUGCGCCCCCCUGCUCCCUGCGCGCCUGUGUCCUGUCGCCCAUGUCUGGGUCCGUGCUCUUCCAGGAGGAAUAAACCACAGCUCGUGAUUGGACUGGAUCAAAACCUCUUUCACUUGAAUAUUUAUUUCUGCUUCAGCAAGCUGUCGAUGCAUCUACUCCAAGGAGAGUGUCACACAUUUUUAGGAACUCCAUGGGUUCCCUUAACAGAGUGGCUUUAAAAUAUGUUUUUAUUGAUUUCAGAGAGAAGGAGAGAGAGAGAUAGAGGCAUCAAUGAUGAGAGAGAAUCAUGGAUCGGCUGCCUCCUGCACACCCCACAGUGGGGAUCGAGCCUGCAACCCGGACAUGUGCCCUUGACUGGAAUCAAACCCGGGACCCCUCAGCCCCCAGGCCAACGCUCUAUCCACUGGGCCAAACCAGCCGGGGCGAUCUAGUGGCUUUUAAAAAUAGGCCGUUCACUCAGCAGAUGCUCUCAAGCACCCAUAGGCAGCCCUGUGCCGGCGGCGGGGAGGGGGCAGCCCGGGCCUCUCCCUGAGCAGCCAUCGGCGUCUGCUAUCGCCUGGGGUGGGGAGGCGGCCACACCCGAUUCUUCCACCCUUUCCGUGGGCCAGAGCCGACCCUGUGGUUGGCUGUCAGUUCCCACCUGCCCCUGGGGCUCCGAGCUCGGGGCGCCCCGAGUGGCCGCUCCGGCUCAGGCUUCCCACCUGGUGACAGGCGUCCUCUGUUUCCUGGGCUCAGCCCUCGGGUCUCAAAGCCUCCAUCUCCAUUCUCCUUAGACUUCGCCUCACCCGCAGGGUGCUCAGCACGCACUGGCUGAUGAGGACCUUUAACCCCGCCCCCACCUGUCACAGAGCCGUCACCACCUGCUGGGGUCUGAGUGGAGGGGGACUGUGUGUCAUGAGCGGGAACCAGGGCUUUGGUUGGGGCUGUGAAGCUUGCUCACAGGGACUCAGCCUCCGAGGCGGUGGAGUGGGGUGGGGUGGGGUGUCCAGGGCUGGUGGCUGAGGGUGGACCACGGAGCCCCUGCCCCUCCCCUCCCCUCCCCAUAUUUCCCAGUCUAGCUGCGCCCAGUCUCCUUGUGCUGUGAGAGUGAGGGGCACCCCGGGAGGCUUCACAGAGGAGGUGGCAGGGUGGCCUUGAAGGACACAAAGGACCCGUCUAGCAGACGAUUCAGAGCAUGUGGGCAGGAGUCACAACAAAGGAGGACAAGGAGGGUCCCUCUGGGGCAGGAAGGGCCCGGGGAGGGCAACUGAGAUGGCUCUGGCGCCCCGAUUGCGGUGGGCGCUCCAGCUGGGCCCCCGGGGCUGACUGGAGCCAGAACCGCAGAAUUUGUCAGCUCAUGUCGGGCUGUGGAGCCCUGGGGGGAGGGGCCAGUAGGGCCCUGAGAGGCAGAGGUGAGGUCCUGGCCCAGCCUCAUAUCUGCUGGAGGGAGGGGCCAUUAGGGCACCCUUUGGAAAUAGCCCCUGGCGCCCUGUGGGGUCCCGUGUUGCCUGCCUGCCAGGGAGGCCGGGCGGGCAGCUGCUCCAGGCCGGCCCUGGCACCGGGCCUCGGUGCCCGUUGACUGCAUGGGGUGGGCUGCUGCCACUGAGUCACGAGCCUGGGGCUGCCACUUACUCAGAAAGCAAAUCUGGGCCAGGCAGGCAGGAAGGGCCUGGACUUUGGCCACCUGCCCCCAGACACAGGUCCUCAGCCUGUACCAGCUGCCCCAUCCCCGACACGACAGGCCCGCCCUGGACCUGCACCAGCUGCCCCAUCCCCGACACGGCAGGCCCGCCCUGGGCCUUCACCAGCUGCCCCGUCCCCGACACGGCAGGCCCACCCUGCUAAGCUGUCCCGGCUCCGGCUGCCCCUGCAGCCUCUGUUGCCCGGGCCCAUCGGGCUGGACGGGAGGGACUGGCUCCUGGCCUGAGUGGGACUGCAGGUCCUUUACUGCUCCAGACAGAUGCCCCCGAGCGGGCAGAGAACCUGGAAAGCCCUGUCCUCCAUCCUGAAGCUAAAUGGAAGCGCCGUGCCCACACCUCCCACCCUGCGGCCGCCUGUGGAGCAUGGGGGCCCAGUGACAGAUGGGACGGUGGGUCCCAGUGGGAGGCCUAGUGGGAUGUUUGCUGAAUGACUGAAGGACUGGACCCUCGGGCCUCAGGGGAAACCCUUCCCCAUGGUUUUGAAUAGGACACGCCUGGCUCAGCAGCUGUGGCCGGGGAAGGACACACGGCCAGGCACUCUGACACCGAUGAGCCACGGGGAAGCCCUGGGGGCCACGUGGAGGUGCUCAUGGAGGCCUGGGGUGCAAUAAGGUGGGACUUUGGGGCCACGGAGCAGCUGGGGACACAGGCUCCUGAUCCCACAGCCAUCCCACUCUCACUCAGAAGCCUCAGAUCCACGGAGGAAGCGGAGCCAGGCCAGGGAAACCGAGGCCAGGGAGGGCUGGUCUGUGGGGCAGGACCCCAUGUCUAUUGUGGGUCACCGGCUGGGACGCCUGCUCGCGUGGGCACCUGAGAGUCAUCGGCCCUGGGCUCACUGACACCCUAUAGAUUCUACACCAGGGCCCUGGCAUCCCUAACCUGGGCGGCACCGCCUGCCUCGUCCCAGUGGUGAGCCAGGGGAGGGCAGUGGAGGGCGCCAGGGCUAGGAGCUUCUGCCAAGCCCACCCCAUGCCGGUCCCUGGGGACUGCGCCUGGAAAGAAGACAGGUCUCCGUCCUCCAGGGCCUCACCCGGGCUCUGCGGCCCACCCAGAGGUUACUGGCACAGAACCAGGGCUGCCCUCCCAGGGCCUAGGCGUUUCUGGCGGCCCGAGGACUCCUGGGGCUGAGGUGGGGCCACUGGGCACUGAGUGGCCUGCAGGAGGAGCAGAUAGUCCACUCGGGGGACAGGCACAAGGCCCGGGUAUGGCCAUGGGGUAGGAGAGCGCAGCCAGAACCCAGGCAGGUGCCAGGAAGGACUGUUUGUGAGGGUGAGGACAUGGGCCUGAGUUGGAGGCAGGUGGACAGCUGGCAGCCAGGCUGGGUGGGCACAGGGCCUCUGGAGCCGCCUCUGCCCCACGCUGGCCUGUGAGCUGCAUCCUGCAGCGAGGCUGGCAGUGAGGUCUGUGUUGAGGCCGAGUGCCUGGGGGUCUUGCCAAGGGCCAGUCCUGUCUGGAACAGCCCCACCCAGAGCUUGGUCCCCCCCAGCCCAGGCAAGGGGGCCUGUCCCUUGGCACCCACUUACUGUGGCCCCAGUGCCCCUGGCCUAAGGGCAAGCCCUGCAGACAGCCCCCAGGGGAGUUGGGGGCCAUAGUAGCCUGGGGUGGAGUCAGGGAAGGCAAGGGUCUCAGCAGGGAGCCUGGGCAGCA